ACGUCAUAAUUUGUGUACUAGCAAAGCGGACAUUUUAGAAGUUUGAAGGUAAAGGAGUUUAGCUGACGACUUUCAUAUAAUAUUUUCGUCUCAGAAAUUUGAGGUGUAGUUAUGAUGGUUUUAUAAUUUAAUUCAAGAACCGGGUCGACCUCGUUUUUGAACUAGUAAAGAAGUUGAGUCCAAUAUUUUUGUAUCGUAUGCGGGCGAGAUCCUGCUGCUAGCCCGUCAUUUUGCAAGUGUGCGUUGUUUUUUAGGCCGUUUAAAGAGGGCCCUUUCAGCUCUGACGCAAAAUCUCGUUUUUUUUUACUUCAAAAUAGACGUAUGGCCCGUGAACGUAUAAAUUAUAACUUGUGUCUUUGUGAUUUUAUUAAGAUAGCUAGAUUAGAAGCCCUUUGGAAUAUUGCUAGGCCAACUGGCUUGCUAGCUAACAAUUGACAACCCCGCGUGCGCCAUCAGCUUUGUGAACGUGAAUUAGCCAUUAGCUAGCUAGUUUACGUUACUUGCUAAUCUAAUUUAGAGACCAUGGCAGAGUUGUACAUUCGCGUGGGAGAGGAUGAAAACGAAGAGCCAAUGGAGAUUCCAUCUGAGGAUGAUGGCACUGUUUUGCUGUCAACAGUAGCAGCCCAGUUUCCCGGAGCGUGCGGCCUACGUUACAGGAGCCCUGCGUCUCAGUGCAUGCGAGGCGUCCGUCUAGUUGAGGGCAUCUUGCAUGCACCUGAGAAUGACUGGGGUAGUCUGGUGUACGUCGUCAACUACCCAAAAGAUAACAAAAGGAAGAUGGAUGAAAUGGAUGCUGCCUCUGCUGUAAAAAUGAAGAGAGGUAUUGAUAGAACAUCAGACCUCAUUAUCCUUGGGUUGCCAUGGAAAACAUCUGAGCAAGAUUUGAAAGACUACUUCGCCACUUUUGGAGAAGUCAUCAUGGUGCAGGUCAAAAGAGAUGUCAAGACUGGGAACUCAAAAGGGUUUGGCUUUGUUCGGUUCACUGAGUAUGAGACUCAAUCCAAAGUGAUUUCUCAGCGACACAUGAUCGAUGGAAGAUGGUGUGACUGCAAACUACCAAACUCUAAGGCAGGGGCUGAUGAGCCCAUGCGCAACUGUAAAAUCUUUGUUGGCCGCUGCACAGAGGACAUUACCACUGAUGAGCUCCGACAGUUCUUCAUGCAGUAUGGCGAGGUCACCGACGUCUUUAUUCCCAAACCCUUCCGGGCGUUUGCAUUUGUCACUUUCUCAGACGACCAGGUUGCCUCAGCAUUGUGCGGAGAGGACCUGAUCAUCAAGGGUGUCAGCGUGCACAUCUCCAACGCCGAGCCUAAGCACAAUAAUAUUAACCAACUGUUUUCGAAUUUCCCGGGAAGAAGCCCCUCGUUGGCAGCAAUGUUCGACCGAACUCAGUAUCGGUACCCCUCUUCCCAUGUGUAAAUGCUUUGCCAUCAAAAGACACAGCUUCACUCUGCAUAUACUGUGUUAGACGGUGGGUGUUGCCUUUUUUUCUCCCCUCUUCAUGGAUAUACAAAUCUUGUCUGCUUUUUGUAUCGCUUUUGAGAACAAUGCGAUUGGUGGUGGCCAAAGAGUGAGACUGAGUGAGCGAACGGGAAAGAAAGCAAGUGUGAAGAGGACUGGUUGUGCGAUGCUAAAGGGCCAGAUGUCUGCGAGAGUUAAGAAUAACCUGUGGCUUUGUGCGAGUGUGAAAGGAAGAAGCAAGUACGAGUGUGUUCCAUAUGACCAUCAAAAGGACAUUUAUCGCAUAUUGAGAUCCCCAAAGUCUCCUUUCUCUAAUAUUUCUAUCAAACUUAAUCUUAAAUACAGUGGAAUGUUUAGCGCUAUGGAUAUUUGUAUCCUUUCUUGCUGUCUGAUUUGAUGUGAAUGCUGUGUGCUUUAUUUUCUUCUUGUUCCUACCUACCCCUUUGUGUGAAAAUGUGACCUGUCGGUGAUUCUGUGUUGAGAGCACUGGGGGAGCUUGGAGGAGUGAUGUGCAAGUGAACUCGUGUGUCUUAAGAGGGUGCAGUGGCGAGCGUUUGUCAAGUCCCUAUUGAAAGUUUGUUGGCGUGUUUUUGAAUGCAUUUUAUGUUUUGUGAAUCAAAGGGAAUUCUCAAAUAAAAUUUGACUAGGUAUUUUGCCUACCUUACAGUGACUUUUUAUUUUUUACUUAACAUUAAUUGUACUGCCAACACUUUAAUUCGCAUGUAUAGGGGGGACCUUGGACACGGCUGGCCCAGGUUUACAUCUGAACCCCAGAGUGAAGUCAAUUUUCGGGAAGCUGAAGACUGGAGUUUGCACUGUUGGUUGGGGCCUGCAGAAUGCCUUAUGCCUGGAAAGGGACUUCUUCACCUCACUAACAAGACCCCUUGGAUCACCCCACUGAAAUUUAUAACAGACCAUUCUCAAAUUGGGCAGAGGUAUUUAGUUGUAUACCUUCAAACAAGUACAUUUUAAAAGCAACGCCAACAUUUAAUUUAUGUAACGAAUUACCUGCUAUUUAGUGACCAUGUUUUUGUUGAGUCCUUUUUAUAUAUAUAUUUUUUUUUUUAGAAAUGACCCGACUAAAUCUUACAUUUGAAAGAUUCCUUUUGUGUCAUUCAUUUAUGCUUUGUCCCAAUACAGCCAUCGGUUAUUGUAAAUGGAAAGAUUUAAGUUAAAGGCUUUUAUUAAAAGUAUUCCGUUGAUCUCUUUUUCAUGUGGUUCGAAAUGUACGAGUUUUGUUGGAUUUACGGGACCUUAAAUUAUUUUGUGGCUGUAAAGGGGAGUGACUCGAGUCAGUUUUACAGGGUUUUAGAUAUUUGGAAAAUUCUUGAACUCGCCAGUGGCAGGUUCAAUGAGUUAGCCAGCUAACUUGCCUAUAUAUUUUGAAAACUUUUGGGCAUGGUCUAAUUGACUCGAACAACCAACAACACAUAUGUAAGUUUAGCUUCUGGUUCUUUAUCAAAGUUAGCUGGCUAACUAAUUGAACCUACUUUGUAGUAUACCCCUCACAAAUUGUGUUAAUUAUGUACAGACAUGGAACUCUUAUUUUUAGUUCACUGAAGUGUAAAAUAAAGUUUUAAAUUUGUAAUAA